GCUUCUUUCAAGUACUUAUUCUUUGCAUCUCAGUUCUUCAAAUUUCUUCUUAUAUAGAGAAUCUGAUUGGUGAUUUUACAGAAUUUUAUUUUUAUUUUCCUGGAAAACAUCUUUGCCAAUAUGAAGAAAUAUUAUUGGAAAGAAAAAGGAUUAAUGAAUUUAUUAUUAAAAUAAUUACAUUUAAUUGGCAAAAGAGGCCUUGAGAAAUGGAUUUGACAACAUUUUUAUGUUUAUUCUACACUAUAAUAGUAUUAGUGCAUGGAAAUGAUAAUAGAAAUACAAAUGUCAAUUGCCAAUUAGAUACAUCUGAACGUAAACAAAUGAAUGUUGAACCUUUGAAUGAAACAUGUUUACAUGAUAUUGUUGUACAAUUGUCUAAUGUAUUCCUUUCUAUUGCCAAUGAGGAACUUGGUAUACCAACUUUUUUAGAAGUACUUGACAAUUUGGAAUUUUCAAAUAUCACCAAUAAUUUAGAAAAUACAUUGAAUAUGUUAGUACAAAAAUUAAACAACAAAUUAUUGUCUCAUGUUGAUCUCUUACAAAAAAGUAAUCGAAUUAUAGAGCUUAUUUUAUUAAAAAAACGAAUGUAUUCUAUUUAUUCCGAUAAAAGAAACAAUAUAAAAAGUACUCAGAAUGAAGCAUUGGAUAUAUGCUCUGAAAUUACAACAGAAUUAACUGCAAAAUUAAAAGAUCAAGGAUGGAAAAAUUUACAUGUCUUACCAUUAUAUCCACCAGGAAGAAUAUGUGGUCCACCUAGUUUAGUACAUAAUAUUGGACCAUUAUUGUUAUCUCAACAUUGCUCAGCAAAAAAUAUCAUUUUAUUAUUAGAACAUGGUACCUUUAUAUCUGAAGAAGAGCUUAUCUUGAUUCAAAUUACUGCUAAAACUGUAAUUGAUAUGCUAUCUGAGAAAGAUUAUGUUACCGCCAUUGGUCUUGCUGGAAAUGGUUUUGUAUAUUGUAAAGAUGGUCUUGUAAAGGCAACUGAUAUUAAUAAAUAUCAACUAGGACGUCAUAUAGAUAGUCUUACUAAAAAAGGUACCAAUCAGACUAUAAAUAUAGAUUUGAAGGUUUUAACACAAAAUCUACAAGGAGAAGUAAUUCUUUUGCAUUUGACUAAUACUUUACAAGAUCCAUCAAAUGCAUAUGAGAUUUUUAAUAAAAUAUCAGCAAUGCAAUUAAAUGCAUAUUGGAGAACUAUACUUGUUCUUUCAGAUCAUGGAAAAUAUAUCAGUAUUAAAGAUACAUUGAAAAAUGAUAGUAUUAUAACUCUUCCAACUCAAAAUGUGCUUGGAUUUGAAAUAUCUAGAUUAUUUUCUGGUAUAAAAUGUUCUCAUAAUGAGAUAAAGGAAUAUUACCUCUCAGAUCCAUACUUUGAACCAUAUAGUAAAAUGAUGUCUACGUCUAUUGGAUUAAUCACAAAUGUUACACUAUUGUAUCUAGAUGUGACAUUAAAAGAUUUUCUAGAUGAUUUAACAUAUCUUAACAUUGGUUCAGAAGCUUAUGGUAUAUUGUUUGAUAGCAAAGAAGUAGUUUGGAUCCAUAAAGAUUUCCCACGAAUGGAAAUGAUAACAGAGCAACCAAUAAAAGUAUAUUUACAAGAUAUUGAAAAUAUAAGCAGUGAAGUUGCAGCAAUAAUGAUUGAAAAAAAUGAAGGUCUUAUUGACGUUCAAAUAAAUGAAAGUAAAAAGAAAAUAUAUAUGUGGAAACAUUUAACUUAUAAAGAUUUAAUACUAUGCUUAGUAUCUGUGAAUGAAGACGUAACAAUGUCUAUUAUAAAAAAUAUACCAACAUUACCUACAAAUUUGUUAUAUCAUUCCCUUGAUCUUAUAUCACAUGGUACUAUCAACAAAGAUGUAUUAUGUGUCCAUCAAAAUAACAUCAUAGCAUUAUCUAGUGGAGUAGUAUAUCUUUCACCAUGGUGUUUCCAGUCUCCUAUGGAACAACUUAAAUUACUAGAGACAAAUUCAGGUGUAAUUGUACAAAGUUAUAUGGCAUACAUAAAAGAUUUGACUGGAUUGUUGGCUAAUCCAGGUUUACAUCAUUCUGUGAGACCAGAUGUGGUUACGCUAAGCAAAGCUUUAGAACAUUUUAAAGAAAGACAUAUAGAAAGUUCAAUUAAUGAAUUUGUUAUUAGAAGAUAUAUUAUUGGUACUACUAGUGGUGCUUUAGAAGUAUUUCCAGGAAUAAUUAUAGAUUCUGGUUUAGAUCCAAAGCGUAGAAUUUGGUAUGGAAAAGCUUUAAAAUAUCCAGGAAAGAUUGUUUUUACUGGACCAUAUUUAGAUGCUGGCGGUUCAGGCUAUGUUGUAACUUUGAGUCAUUCAAUUCAACAUUCAAAGUAUGGACAAAAUAAUGAUAAUGCAGUUAUGGCGGUAAUGUCUAUGGAUGUUACAAUGGGAUAUAUUUCUAGACUUCUUAUAGAAAUGUUUCCAUUUUGUAAGGAUUCAACAAUAAAGUGUUUUUUAAUGGAUGAUAUGGGUUAUUUAGUAUCUCAUCCAUCAUUAUUACAACCAAUGAGUAAAGUUGAACAACAACAUUUAACACAUAAGGAGCAAUUAAUUGCUAAUGAUAUAUUAAAUCAAGAAUAUUUUGUAAAAAAGAAGACAUGUGCUAGUUACUUGGAUGGUACUGUACAAAGAUAUUAUCAUUUUAACACAUCCUUACAAGAAGUCUUAACAAAUACAGUGCAUGGAGAACAUUGUAUAAAAUAUCAAAUAGCUGCAAUACCCAAUACCAAUAUAUUUCUUGGUGUUGUUAAUGUUACAUGCAAUUCUUUAAGAGCUUUUUGUCCAUGUAGCACAACAGAUCGUUUAUGUUUAAACUGUAGGAGAAUGGAACAAACUGAAUGUGAAUGUCCAUGCGAAUGUUCAUUGUAUUCUUCAAGUUGUGUACAGCAUAAAAUUAAUUUAGAGGCAUGUCCACCUCCAUCUGAACAAACUAUACAUUUAUCACAUUCUUGGUCACAUCAUUUAAAUAUAAAGUCCUGUCCUUCUUUUGAUUGUAAAGUAUAUAAAACAGAAGGGGAAUGUCUGGGUAUUGUAGGCUGUCAAUGGUGUUAUAUGGAUAUUGAUGGAGUAACUUCUUUGCAAAUUCCAUUUUGUUCUGAUGUGUUUGCAUGUUUUAAAGGCAUUUUUGGAGCUCCAGUGCCUUACAAUGAUGAAACUCAUGAUUCUCAAUCAAUAGAAGAAAUUGUAGUUCGCGAAUUUUCGUCAGUAGGACCAGUUGCAGGUGGCAUACUUGUUUUUAUUUUAAUUUUGGGUAUUACAUUGUGUUGUUAUAGAUUGCACUCUAUGCAAUCAGAUUUGGAACAUCAAUGUUUGCAUGUGCAAAUUUCACCUGACGUAUUACAUAUGACACAUUUAGAAGGUGAUGUAGAACCUUUAGAACCUGACCAAACAAAGCACAAUUUAGAUUCUUUUAUAAGAGAUGCUAUUGCACCUAUAUCACCUUAUAGGGUUUCAACUAAUUACAAAAGACCUGGUGGGGAUAGUGAUCAUGGUUACAGUACUAUGACACCUCAUGAUGAUUCAGAACAACAGAUAUUUACAGAACCAAUGUUAAUUGUUGGUUCUAAUGUCGAAUUAAAUAAUACGAAACGAUCUAAUAGUUUACCAGCACCUACAACAAAUUUAGGAUCUACACAUUAUAUUUUAGCACCUGUUACUGUUCAUAGCAACAUGGAAACAAAUUGUUGCUAAAUGAACUCAUUAUCAUUGACAAUCUUAUUAUCAUUAUCAUUCUAUUAACAUAUUUUCAUCAUCAUUGCCAUUAACGUAUAAAUAUUAAGUAUUAAAUAUAAGAAAGACUAUCUAAAAUUUUAUAUAAUAGAUAGGAGUUUUAUAUGAAUAAUAAAAAUAAUUUUGCAAUAUACUAUAAUUAUUUGCCCAUAAGUUUCAAUGAAUACUUAAGAAUUUUUUUGAAAAUAUACAAUUUACAAAAUUUUAAUCAGUUAUUUUUUAUAUAAUUUCUUAUUACGAAACAUAUUAAGUCUCGCUUUUUUAAUUCUCCUUUAUAUACUGCAUUUAAUCAAUAAGAGAAAUAAUUUCUAAAAAUAUGUUCUAAUUAUAUAUAACUACUAAUAAUAAUACAAAUUAGUGGUGUGAUUAUCCUUAUUAAUAUCAAAUCUUUUAGUAAAGCGCAUUCAUAAUUCAUUAAUAAGAGAAUAAUAUAAUUUGCUAAUAUACUUUCCAAAAUACCUUGAAUCUGAAAUUAAAUUAAUGAAGUUUUUAUAUUCUUUUAAGUUUCAUUGGAAUGUUGUAAAAUUCUGUCUCUAAAGGAUUUAAUACAUUAGCAAUUCCAUUUUGAAGUAUCCCUUCUAAUUAUUUAUUAUUUUCAAGUACAUUAUCGUAUUCUGCCAAUUUUUCUUGAACAAUAGUAUCAGCAUUUUUUUACUUAUAUUUUUUAUUAAUUAUUUUAAGUAAUCCAGUUUUUUAUAGUUCUAUUGAAUUCCUCAUAAUUUUUGAUCCUCAAAGUUUUUUCUAAAAUCUAUUUUCUUAAAGUUUUAAGAUCAGUUUAUGAACUUAAAUAUUGUUUUAAACAGCAUUUCUAUGAAUUAAAAUUAUAUAUUAUAAUUCUCAUAUAAAUAUUGUUAAAUUACAUUAUUAUAACAAAAAAAUCAUGCAUUUAUAUCCCUUACAAAAACUUUGAAGAAUGUUAAUAAUAGCCCUAAAAUAGUCAAUAUGAAAAACUAAUUCUUUUUCUCUCUAAAAGGCAAUUCUAAAUCGAUGUAUUCAUAAUGACCAAUACAUUCUUUUAGAGAUUUAUCACAAGAUCCAGUUAUUUGCAUUAGAACAUAUACUUAAAUAUAUAUAAUAAUAAUGAAAAAAAUAUAUUAAUGACUUAAAAAUAUAAUGUAUCACUUUUAUAUCUUAUAAAUAUAAUAUUUAAUUUUAAAUAGCAUAAACUUUGAAAACAGUAUGAUGCAGAAGCAUACUGAUUAUUUUGAUUAUAAAUUUUUAGCAACAACAUAGAUAUGAGCCUGUUUUUCCAUUUUAUGAUGACUAUUCACUUCAAAAGAUACAUGUAAUCUAAUAAAAUAAUAAAAGAAUUAAAAAUCAUUCGCUUAUCAAACUCUUAUACAAUAACAUCUAGUAAUAUAAAUAUAUAUUACAUAUUAACACACACACAUAAUUAUCUAAAAAUUUUUGUAAUAGAAAUGUUUGAUAGAUCGUUAUACAUACAUUUUUUAGGCAAUAUCAGUUUCUUAAAAUUGUUCUUUCCCCCUUUUGAUUAAUAAUAAUUGUAAUAAGUAGAAUAUUAAUAUUGUUGGAUCAUUUCAAAUCUAUUUGAAAACAAUGUUAAAAUGAAAAAUUAUUUGAAAUCACAUAUGCCAUCCAUAUCAAGCAUGGAAAGGAAUAACAUCUAAUGAAACAACCGAUUUUGUCUACGAUCUUUUAUAUCCAACUUUGUGCAAUUUCUAUAUAUGUACAUACAUAUUUUAUAAUAUUAAUAAAUAGAGUAAUUUUCUUAAUAUUAUUAGGAAAAUAUAAAACAAGUUAAUUAGUUAAAUUUUAUGUAAAACUAUGUCUCGUAAUCUAUGAUUUUAUAUAUAUAUAUAUAUGAACAUAAAUCUUAAAUGACAAGUUAACUGACAAUGAUAUUCCAUGGGUUUAUAUAGAUCAAUAUAAUUUCUAGUUUUAUUAAAUUCUGCUAUUUAUGAAGAAAAAUAAAUUUUAACUUAGAAAUGUCA